UGUUAAGAAGUUAAAAAAUUUAAGUGAGCUGGAAAUCGCUUUGUUAGUUUUGUGUUUGAUUUAUGUGUCUAAAUAUUUAUAAAAAAUAUAAAUCAAAGUUAAUUAAAUAAUUGUUUAAAAUUUUAUGAAAUAUCUAUAAUUGUUAAAAUAUAUUCAAAAGAUUCUUUGUUUUGUUCCAUUAAAUAUUAAAAUCAAUGGAUGAGUUGCCCAUAGAUACGAGAUCUCGUUCUCGUUCUAAAACACCAUUUUUACGUUCAAAUUGUGAUCAUGAAUUAUGUACACACGUUAAUGAUGAUGACCCUGAACAUCAUCACCAUCACCAUAAAAAAUCACCUAUAUUAAGCCAGAAACAUAAACAAAUUUCUACAUUAAUUGAAGAAGAAUUUGAAACAAAUAGACCUCAAUCACCAACAAAAAGAUCAUCUAUUAAUCAAGUAAAAUCUGUAUUAACAAAAGUUUCAUCAGCACGUACAACAUCAGAUUAUUCAUCAAAUUCAAGUGAAGAUUUAAGUACAAAUACUGAUUCAACACCAACAUUAUCAGAAAUUCAACCAACAGCCCAUAUUAUGUAUAAGAAUCAAAAUCAGAUUAACAGUCAAAAUAAAAAAAAUUCAACAAUUAUUACAACAAGAACAACAACUACCACAACAAGAACUGGAAGAAAUAUUAUUUCAAAUGGCCGUACAGCAAUUAGUCAGCAUGGAAAUAAAACAAAAGAGGUAUUACAAAAUGAAAGUAAUACAGAAUUUGAAGAAAAUUCAAAAAUUAAAACAAGCACGCCUAUAUUGUCAUCUAAUUCAGUAAGUAAGAAAAAAACAACGUCUAGAUAUGUUGAUAGCAGUUUUAAUGGCGAUAUUAGUGAUCCAAAUCAUCCUGCUUAUAAAGAGUAUAUAGCUGCUGGCGAAUAUUGGAAGAAAUUUCCUAAAACUGAUUACACAUACUCUAAAUUAUCAUCACAUCGUCGGGAAUUAGCGCCUGGGGUUGUUGCUUUCCCAAAUAUGUCAAGAAGAAGUUUGGAAAAACACAAUGAACGUAUCACUUAUAUGCUUGAGAGAAAUCCAGAUCAAGCAGAAAGUAUCAGAAAACGUUUUAUUGAGACAUUAUUUUCAAAAAAUCAGAGAAUUGAACGUAAAACAGAAGAUGUCAAUCAAUUAUUAUAUGAUUCGCAAGAUGAAACGGAUCUCAAUGAACAAAAUCAAUACAAUUAUAUGCGAGAAGAAUCAUAUAUAAGAAAAUUUAUAACAAGAAUUGUUUCAAUAUUUUCUAUCUUUACGAGUAUUUUUUCUGCAAAAGACAGGAAAGAUCAAAGUUAUUUAUCUCGAACUGGAAUUCAUGGAAGUCAAGCAGGAAUUUUAUCCAGAAGCACGAAUGCCAUUAAAAAUGCCAUAUAUUCAAUAUUCAGCGCGUUAUACUUAAUGAUUUCUUAUAUACUUUAUCUGGACACUUGGUUAUUACGAUCUUCAAAUGCUGAUGGAAGAAAAAAGAAAAGAUUUUUAUUGCUGUUGUUGAUUUUGUUACCUUUGUUAUUAUUGGCUGCUUGGAAACUUUUAGAUGAAAGAGAAAGAAAUUUACUUAUAUCUCGUUAUCAUUCUUUAAUUCCAUUUUCUUUAAUUGGAUUGCAAAGUACAUUAAACAAUUUCAAAUCUAAUCUUAAUUCUUAUAAAUUUUCAUUUGGCUGGCCAACUUUAUCAAUUUUUUCGAAUGAUAAUAAUUAUGCAUCUAUUACAAAUAAUAUACAAAAAACAUUAAAUCCUGAAGAAUAUGAUAAUUUAAUUAAUCAUAUAAAUAGUUAUGUUCAAAAAAUGGUAGUUCAUGAAUUAAAUUUAAAUAAACAGAAACGUAAUGAAGAAAUAUCACCAGAAAUUGCGUCAUAUAUUGCAAAUUUAGUUCAAGAACAAAUAUUCAUGCACUAUGGCAAUGUGAGAGAAACUGAUCUUAAAAUUGAACCUUAUGUAUUAACUGAUGCCGAUAUUGAAAAAAUAAUAGCACAACUUCAAGUAAAAUUAUCAACAAUGAAUUAUCCUGGUCCAUUAGUUUUAACAAAAGAAAAUAUAGAAGAAAUAACAAAAUUAAUUCAGCAUAAUAUUCAUGUUAACAAUCAAUAUUUGAAUAUAGUAGAGAAAAUAAAUAUUGAUGAUUUAUUGUUAAAAAUUUUGGAAUCACCAAAAUUAUCUGAAUUCAUUGAUUCACGCAUAUUAUUAAUGAAACCGAUAGAGGAAACUCUGCAAUUCAAAAUGCAGUCUAAUCUAAUGACAACUGAUAAGUAUAAAGAGUUGUUGCGGAAUCAACAAAAAUUGAUUGAUGAAUUAAAUGAAGAAAUUCUUUUUGUUAAAACAAAUUUAGUUGACAAACUUAAUGAAAAUAAUGAUUUAUAUUUAUCAAUUUCCUUAUUACAAAACGCUCAAAAUGAACUCACUGAACGUUUGAGGUUACACGAAAUAAAUAUCAAUGGUCGUUUUGAUAAUCUGUUAGCUGAAAUUGGAGAACGAUUGGCUGGUUUAAAUGAUAAACAGUUUUCAUCAAUUAAUAGACAAAUAAAACUGAGUCUAAUAGAAAUUUUAGGUUAUUCAACAAAAGAUAAUGGUGAAAUAAAUUUAGAUGAAGUCGAUUUGAAAAAUUGGAUACGUAAUAUGUUUGUAGCAAAAGCAGUUUUAGAAGACCGUUUAAAUGAAUUAAGUCUUAAAAUUGACAAAAAUAUAAGGGAUGAAAUUGAUAAAUCAGGGGCAAUUCUUUUCGGUGACAUAAGUGAAAAAUUGAAAAUUGAAAUUCUAAAAGCUGUUGAAAUUCGUCAAAAAGAAUUAUUAUCUGCAUCAGGUUCAACAAUUGAUAUUAAAGGAACUAGUUUAGAUGAAAAAGAAAUUAAGCGUAUUGUUCGUGGCGUAUUAGCGGUUUAUGAUGCUGAUAAAACUGGAAUGGUAGAUUAUGCUUUAGAAUCAGCUGGCGGGCAAAUUUUAUCAACUCGCUGUACAGAAAACUAUCAUGUUAAAUCUGCACAAAUAUCUUUAUUUGGAUUUCCAUUAUGGUAUCCAAGUAAUACGCCUAGAACAGCUAUAUCACCAUCAGUUCAGCCUGGAGAAUGUUGGGCUUUCCAAGGUUUUCCUGGAUUUUUGGUUUUGAAAUUAAAUACAAUGAUAUUCGUGUCAGGAUUUUCAUUAGAACAUAUUCCAAAAAGUUUAUCUCCUAGUGGAAAUAUUGAUUCAGCUCCGAGAAAUUUUACAGUUUUGGGUCUCAAUAGUGAAAAUGAUGAUGAACCAGUUUUAUUUGGAGAAUACGAAUAUACUGAUGAUGGUCCUGCUUUACAAUAUUUCAGUGUACAAAAUAAAAAAAUCAAUCGUCCAUUUGAAAUUGUUGAAUUAAGAAUUGAAACAAAUCAUGGAAAUUUGGCAUAUACUUGUUUGUAUAGAUUUAGAGUACAUGGCAAAAUAUCGAAAACGUGAUAAAAAUCAUAAAUAAUUUCAAUUAAUCAAUAUUUUAUUUGAUUAAUAUUCUUGCCAUUCAUGAAGUCACGACAAAAAUUAUGUGUCAAAUAACUUUGAUUUAGAUUUCAUCUUAUAUUUUGUUUUAUAUUUCCUUUUUU